CGUAACUGAACAACGCACCCCUCCCCCCACAACUUCCUGCCCGGCGCUUAUGUUUACUAGAAGCCUGUGCUUCCUUCUACGCGCCUCUUGGCGCCAGGUGUAACGUAUUGCUUUUUGGUAGAUGAAGUCCAUCCGGCUCUUAAAGAACUCAGGAGGCUACAGCAACGAAGUACGGCUCAUUGUACUAAGCGAGCAGUCAGUUGUCGGAUUUACUUGAAUAAAGGAACCAGCUCUACAGAAGAAAAGCUUCAUAGAUGCCUGAGCCAUUAUUACUGUGCCCUAGAAAAUCCAGAGGACCUUUCAGAAUAUAAAAAAAACCUUACUUUUUAAUGCAGGAGAAGCUUCCAGAAGAAUUAAGUAAUUAAAAAAGGAAAGGAAGAAGAAGGUUUACACUUAAAAAUGACUGAUAACUCUUUAGAAGUGUAUCCAUAUAAAUCAAAUAAUGAACAGUUUAUAACUGGACUUCCAUCGGGAGAGCUACAGCAGAGUCAAGCAGUAAGCCAACUAAAAACUUUGUUGAAAAUACAUGAACAGGAAUAUGAAGACUCUCCACCUAUGCAAAGAAGAACGUCCACAUCCAGACCUUUAAAAACUGGAGAAGAAAAGUCAGUUGCCAUCAAUGACCUUGUUCCAAUUAUUCAAGACCAGUCCCAAUAUAUACAGCAUUUAGAGGCUGAAGUGAAAUUCUGUAAGGAGGAGUUAUCCUCUAUGAAACAUCGAGUGCAAUUAGUUGUUCUGGAAAAUGAAGAGCUCCAUGUACACAUCUCUAGAAUGGCACAGACUGGUCUAAGAGAGCAAACAGUGUUAGACUCAUCUACGGACUCUAUGACUGCGAACAGAAAACACCAGAAUGAUAUUGCAUACCAGUCUCCACUUUCAUCAACAAACGUCUUAGAAGAACAGAAAUGGCAAAAAGAGCUAGAGAGACUCCAAUGCCUGCAUCAAGCCAAAAUUGAAACUCUGGAAUCCCAAAUAAAAUAUUUGAGGAAGGAUUUGGCAGACUCACAGAAAAACUGUGAAGAAUUGCAAAACAAGUUGAAGAAACAAGAAACAAGUUUCACUGGUUCUCAAAAUUCUGUGGAUGAGGGUGGUCUUUGUGUAAAAUGUGCAAAUGUUUCAGUGUAUAAGAUUUCUAUCGAAAGGCUUACUCGAGAAAGAGAUGAACUUGUGGAUGCCUUACUUUCUUUGAAAAAAAGUCAAAUUUUAUGGCAACAGAGGGAAUUAAAACCUUACAAUCAAGUAAAACACGCAGUGGAAAUGACAGAAGAGGCAAAUUUGAAAAAAACAAAGGCUUUAGUCAACUGUGAACAGUUAAGAAGAGAAAUAGAAAGAAAAAAUGCACAGUUUGAGAAAGAAGUAAAUAUCCAGUUUGAAAAGAUGUCUGCAGAAAAACAAGAAAUUAGAGAAGAAGCAAAGAAGGAAAGAGAGCAAUUACUUACAAUGAUCACAUCAUUAUCUGAAAAUGCAUCAACACUUGAAAGCCAAUUAAAGAGGGUUACAAGAGAGAAAAAUGAACUAGUAAGGGAGCUGGAAGAAAUUCAGCAGAAGCUUGCCUUUCAGGAAGAAAAAACUGCUAAGGUGUGUGCAGAGAUGUGCUUUCAGCUAAAUCAGAUCAAAAUGAAGAAAGAAGAAGCUGAAAAGGAGCACAAAGAAUACAGAAUAAAAAAUCUGAAGGAUCUUGAUAUUAAAAAUAAGGAAAUAGAAAAGCAUGAAUUGCAGUUGAAUAAAAACAAGCAAUGGUUGGAACAAGCCCAGCUGGACGCAACAAGAGCCAAAGAUGAGUGUCUGAGACUGACAGAACUGCUGGGAAAUGCUGAGCACCAACUGCACCUCACCAGGUUGGAGAAAGAUGAUAUUCAGCAAAGACUCAGCAGUGAAGUAAGGUCAUUGGCCUUUCAGACCCAGAAAUGUGAACAGGAGCUAAAACAGAAGAUGCAGCAAAUGGAAGCCCAGCAUGACCAAAUGGUGAACGAAAUGGUUUUGCUGAUGGCAUCACAAAAUACUUUGAUAUCUAGACUGAAAAAGGAAUGCAAUGUUCUUGCAAAGCAACUGGAGCAUGUAACUGAAAGAAACAGGUCUGACGUACAAGUUAUUUGUCAUGAAAAUGUACAUGCCCAUAACAGAAUAGAAGAACUGUUGAAGAGAGAGGAUGAAUUGGAAGCUCAGUGUAUCCAGCAUGGGAAAAUGCAUGAAAGAAUGAAGGCAAGACUGCAAGAACUUGACAAGCAUUGUAUGAAUAGCGCCCUAAGGAUUGUCAACCUCCUUGAUAAAUAUAAUGAGCUAAUGGAGGAAAGGCAGUUGCUAAUAGAAGAAGUCCAGGCCUUAAAAAAACAGAAAAUUCAAAUGGCUCAUUAGAAUAAAUGGGAAUCUUCCUUUAUUUGCUGCAGUAAUAUUGUUUCUACAAGUGAAAAGUUUUUUUGGAUUCAAAUCCAACCAACCAUAGAUUUUCUGUUUAUUAAAAAAAGUUUUCUGCAAUAUGUUAUUUGCAUUCUGCUUUAAAAAUAUUUGUCACAAAAUAAAUCAUACUUUCCAGAGAA